UUGGUUUCAAUGCGCCCCCCAGUGGUUAACUCCAGGGAUAGCACUCUACAGGACCCGCCAAACAUACAUACAUACACACACACAAGUGGACACAUGACAGGCCUGCUAGGAAACUAGUUAAGCUAGGGUUGCUGGUUAAUAUUUGCUAAUUGUAAUCAUGUUUGUAGCGCGAAGUAUCGCAGCAGAUCAUAAAGAUCUCAUUCAUGAUGUUUCGUAUGAUUUCCACGGCCGGAGAAUGGCCACUUGUUCCAGUGACCAAAGUGUGAAGGUUUGGGACAAAAGUGAGAACGGAGAGUGGCACUGCACCGCCAGCUGGAAGACACACAGCGGCUCCGUGUGGAGAGUGACCUGGGCUCACCCAGAGUUCGGGCAGGUUCUGGCCUCCUGCUCCUUUGACAGGACCGCUGCUGUGUGGGAAGAGAUUGUAGGGGAGUCCAACGACAAGCAGAGAGGACUGAGCCACUGGAUUAAGAGAACCACACUAGUGGACAGUCGAACAUCAGUGACUGAUGUGAAGUUUGCCCCUAAACACAUGGGCCUGAUGUUGACCACCUGCUCUGCGGACGGAGUGGUGAGGAUCUAUGAGGCUCCUGAUGUGAUGAACCUGAGUCAGUGGUCCCUGCAGCACGAGAUCUCCUGCAAGCUCAGCUGCAGCUGCAUCUCCUGGAACCCCUCAAGCUCUCGGGCCCACCCACCAAUGUUUGCAGUGGGUAGUGAUGACAGUAAUGUGAAUUAUGGUGGCAAAGUUCAGAUCUAUGAGUAUAAUGAAAACACAAGGAAAUAUGCUAAAGCAGAGACCCUGAUGAGCGUCGCAGAUGCAGUCCAUGACAUUGCGUUUGCCCCAAACCUGGGGAGGUCUUUCCACGUGCUCGCUAUUGCAACAAAAGAUGUCAGGAUCUUUAAACUUGUUCCUAUGAGGAAGGAGAGCACCUCUACAGGACCCACCAAGUUGGAAGUGCAGAUUGUGGCUCAAUUUGAUAACCAUAACUCUCAGGUGUGGCGUGUGAGCUGGAACAUCACCAGCACCCUGCUGGCCUCCUCCGGGGACGAUGGCUGUGUGCGCCUCUGGAAAGCUAACUACAUGGACAACUGGAAGUGCACGGGCAUCCUGAAGGGAGACGGCAGCCCCCUCACCGGCUCAUCGGGUCAGCCCACAGCUAUGAGCACUGUCGUGGGCUCCUCCGUUCAGACAUCCCAGAACACCCAAAACGGGAUGUCUGCAGGAAGGUAUUUCCUUCCGCCUCUGGACCCUCCCAGAGCGGGGACCAGGUAUGGGCACUUGCUGCCUCCCUCCUCCCUCAUUGAGCACUGUGAUGCUGAGCCCAUUCAGCCUCAGCAACAGGCUCUUCCCCACAGAAUAUCCUCCAGACCACUGCUGCCUUUACCAGAGGCUGAAGGACAGUGAUGUAGCGGUGUUAUAACUAGAAUUAAACAGGAUUGAUUGGGGGAUGGGCACAAACCACCCAAGUGCCAUUCAUUUCUAAUAAAGACUUAAAUGUAUGUCACUAUUUUAUGUUUUGUUAUUUUUCCUGUGCAUAAUAUAGAAAAAGGUGUCAUGAAGUUUCUGUGAAAUGUUUAGUUGUAUGGCUAGUAGAGCCAUUUUUUGUAAACCUGAAUAAAAUCUGAUCAUCUCACAUA